GCGUGUUCAUGCUGUAUGAUGAUGAUGAUGAUGAUGGAGUUCGCUUUGAUCUCCGUCUGCGCGCUCGUGGGUCUACUAUCUCCCGCCGCGCGCGCCGCCGGUCCGCUCCCCCUCCACACCCCGGCCCCGGCGACCGGCGGAGAGCGCGCGCGGCUCGAGGCUCCGUACCUCCACCUGCCCGUGUUCCGUCAUUUCCGGAAGCCGCGCUUUAACAAACAGCACUUCUCACCUGCGCACGUGAAGAGCCGCGAGCCGCUGCCCGAGCGCGUGCGCCAGAUCCUCGUGCCCGCGCCGCGGCGACACCCGAAGACCCGGAUGAGCGCGAGCGGCCCCGUGCGGGUCGCGUGCAGCGGCAGGAGGAUGCGCGUGCGUGUGCACACGGCUAGCCUGGAAUCGAGCGCGAAGCGCGUGCACGUCACUCUGGGCACCUGCGAGGCCCGAAAAGCGACCGAGAGGAGUGUGUUCUUCAGUCACGACCUGCACGAGUGCGGCACUCAGAGACGGGUAAUAAACAAAACAGUUGUUUAUUCCAACAUGCUCUACUACACCUCUGACGCGACUGGGUCAGGUUCUAAGACGUUCUCUGUACCUGUACAGUGUCGCUUUAACACGUUCCACUACUCAUACAAGAUCGGGUUUGUGCCGUCUGUUAAAGCGCUAAAGAUCUACAAACCCAUGAAGACCAGAGGCAGUGUCACGCUGACGGCCUGCGACGCGCAGUGGAACAGACUCUCCCCUGGCGAAGGCUUCGUGAUCGGACAGCCGAUGUACUUCAAAGCUGAAACUCUUUAUGUGCCUGAUGAUAAACGGUUAUUUGUAAAUUUCUGUCACGUGACCGUGAACAGCUCGCACGUCUCCACGCCACAGGUUAAGAUCAUCGAUAACUACGGCUGCCUGAUCGACAGCAAGCGCGGCAGCCAGUCCAGAUUCAUCAACGGUACUGGGAGGAACGUCGUCAGGUUCACCGUCGACGCCUUCACGCUGCAAGGAAAAGUGCAAAAGUAUUUGUUUAUGCACUGCGAGAUGUCAAUUGGAAGUGUCGUUACCAUGGCAACAUCAAAGUCCUGCACGUAUAACCACCUGGAGCACAGGUGGGAGGAGCUUCAUGGCGCAGACUCUGUUUGUUCAUGCUGUGACUCGUCUUGUGUCCCUGAGAUGCCAAUGCUGAUGCGACCCAUGGUGAGUAAACUGGGGGCUUUAGUGGAGCCACGCCCAGAAAAACCAGGCAGGAAGAAUCCAGAGGGAAUCUUCACACCUCAGCCGGAACAUGGAGUACUUAUGAGCGAGAGCCAGCGUAAAAUGAUUCCAGAGAACACGCACGCAUCGGCGCACGAGCAUGGAGCAAUCACCGUGGAGACGAUGCCCACUCCGGAAGGCCAGCGUGAAGCACUGACACCAGAGAUCGAGCAUGUUCAGAUCAUGCUGGAGAGACUGCCCCCUUCAGGCAGUGAGCUGGUACUGCCGACGCCAGGGAGGGGCCACUUAGGGAUCACAGGCGUAAGUACACCCACACUAGUGGACGGGCACGGAAUACUGGCACCAGGGUAUGAGCUCGGGCCAAUGAUGCCGGAGCACAAGGACGGCACGCAACUGCUGGACAGCAAGCGCGAAGAGGUCACACCGGAGACCCCGCCCAUCCCAGACAGUGUGAGCGGAACUCCAGUGCCACACACCGACCAUGAAAAGAUCACAGUUUACCCACAAGAAACCGUCACUCCCCAAACACACACCACAUCCGUCCACCCAAACACACAUACACCAGUCUACACACACACACCGCUGCGUGAGCCUUACAGGAUCUUUGAGGAAGUGUUUGGACUCAGCUGAAGAAAAAAGGCACGUUACAAAACAUCUUUCACUUGAUGGUGAUAAUAAAAAAAAAAUA